UUCGUAAAUUGUUUUGGAAGAAGAAGUGGCCAGCAGCGCGUCGCUGCUGCCCAGACCGAGCGUCGUUUCUACGCCACCUCCAAGGAAAAUCCCGCCACUCUCCUCUGUGGAGUAACGACCUGACACAGACGAGACUCUCAGAAGUCGGGUGUUUUCACGCGGAGGGGUUGUCUAUUCACGAAAAUGGCGGUUAAAGCAAAUACAUUUUGAGACACCAGGAGAAGUAAAACAAGUCCCGGGCUGUGGAGACUCUCUCUCUCUCUCUCUCUCUGGACAGACGUUAGGUGACAAGAGAGAGGAGAAGAACUUUGAUGGUGGAGCGCAGCCUUCGUGGAUGCGGGAGGCGCAGGUAAACUCUGCAUCGUUCUCGGAUGAAAAGAGCCCCGCGUGCGUGUCGGGAUGUGACUUUUCGGCGCAGGAGCAUGUAGUUUGUGGCGAAGCGGCUGGGGGGAUUCGGACUUUGACAAUGAACUUUGUUUGUGAACCGUGCUUGUUUACUUUUUGGGCUUUAGGGACACGUGAAACCAUGGGUUGAAUGAAAGCAGGAGGACAAACUGCGGGGACAUUCAUUCAACGUGGGUGGAAGAAGAAUUAUUAAUUUACUGUUAUGUAAUAAUUGACAGCGCCUGAUAUUUAGUGGCAAAUCAAAGCUAGAAUCUGCCCAACAUAGUUGUUUUGGUUUAAACUGAUGCUUUAUUAUUAGUUCAAACCUUUUAAGCCAAUUAUCUGAAUCUUUCGUUUUAUUUUGAUUGUUAUUCUUUUCUUUUCCUAUUCAAAAGCCCCCAAGGCUAGAAAAGUUAGAUUGGGUUCAAUUAGACAAUAUUUACUUUUAACACUUCGCCCACCUGAGUUUGAUCUAAUUUGAUCAACUAAAAAUGAUCAUCUGGGCGCUCCAUGACCCCGUCAAAAUGACUCCAGGAAACCAUACAGCCAUUGGUGUCAUGGAAUUCAUUUUCAACUUUGUGUACAAUAUUUUUUAUUGCCACUAACAUGUUUUAAUGCUCACUUUUGCCCUCAUCGUUGGCGAGAUGUAGGCACUCUGAAACCCUCAACCUCUUUACCUCAUCAACUUCCUGUUUCUGGACGACCAAAGUCCAUAGUUAACCUUUGACAGAGACUUUGUCGGUCCCUCCCUCCCCCCAACUCAUUAGGGCUGGUGGGGAGGGUGGAUCUUUGCCCCACGGGGUCCAGAACUGUGGCCGGUGGCUCACCGACCCCUAAAGGAAGGGCCCCCGCCAUGGAGUCCAGUCCGGAGAGCCCCAACCGGGCGGUUGAGUACCUCCUGGAGCUGAACAAUAUAAUUGAGAGCCAGGCCAAGCUCUUGGAGACUCAGCGCCGUCGCAUCGAGGAGCUGGAGGGCCAGCUCGACCGGGUCAGCCAGGAGAACCAAGACCUGAGGCACGACCGCACCCCGCGGACCCCUGGAUCAGACACCCCUGAGCAGAACCACAACCACAGCCAGCCGCUGUCCCUCCCCAUUCACCAGAGCUGUGGAGCUGCCGCCGGUGCCGUUGGAAGCAGUGGGGGGAGCAGCAGCACCGCAGCAGCACAGGCGACAGCUGGAUCGGCCACAACUCCGGCGCCCAGCCGAGAACGGAGAAGCCACGGAAGGCUGACCCGAGGCCUCUCCUGCGGCUCCUCCACCACCGACCGGCUGGAGCGCACCGACAGCACAGACACCAACGCCAGUUCCAGCUUACGCAGGAAAGUUGAGGGGGAAUCCCAGGGUCAAGAGGCAGGCGCCCACAAAGACAGCUCUUUUGGCCAGACGGCUUACCAUCGGGGUGCAGAACGUUACGGUGACAGCAGCAGCAGUGCUCCAAUUGGCUCCAGAACCCCCACCUCCAGCUCAGCCACCUUGGCCUGGGCACUACGGACUCGCCACCAACCUGCAAGUCUGGCCCUCCGCAAGCAAGAAGAAGAGGAGAACAAGAGGUGCAAGGCUCUUUCUGACAGCUAUGAGCUCUCAACGGAUCUGCAGGAUAAGAAGGUGGAAAUGCUGGAGCGAAAGUAUGGCGGAUCCUUCGUAAGUCGCAGAGCAGCUAAGACCAUUCAGACAGCCUUCAGGCAGUAUCGCAUGAACAAGAACUUUGAGCGACUUCGAAGUUCUGCAUCAGAGAGUCGUAUGACGAGGCGGAUCAUCCUCUCCAACAUGAGACUGCAGUAUUCCUUUGACGAGCGGCAGCCACAGCAGCAGGCAACGCAGACAAACUUCACCCACAGCGUGGCCAUAGGGCCUCCUCAUUCGCCUGAUCCGGACCGCCCAGGAGACUAUACACAUCUGGAGGACUCCUUCUCAAAACAGGUCAAGUCUUUAGCUGACUCCAUAGAUGACGCCCUUACCUGCCGGGCAGGCUGCGAUGACUCUCAGGAAGGCAGCAGGGAGGGUGGAGGGAUUAGCGAAGACUUUGGAGAGUGCAUGUGGAGCAGCAGCAGCAACCCCUCCUCCCAGAGAGGUCUGGGAGAGAGGGGCCGGGGAGCUGGAGGAGGGCUCAGCAUGCAUGGGGACAGCACAGCAACCUCGUACAGUGACGUGACCCUGUACAUGGAUGACGGUAUGCCCUCCUCUCCUCUGUCACUGGACCGGGCACCGAGCAGCACUGACACGGAGUACUGGGGCCCGGGAGGCGGCGUGGGAGGCCGCGAGGACAGCCGAGACACCGAGGGAGGCGGCAGCAGUAACAGUCGGCGCAGCACGCCGUGCACAGAGUGCAGAGAUUAUCGACAAAGGGGCGCACAUCUGCCUCUUCUUACAAUUGAGCCACCUAGUGACAGCUCAGUAGACAUGAGUGACCGCUCCGACCGGGGCUCCUUGAGCAGACAGCUGGUCUAUGAACAGGAACCUGGUGUAGGUUCAGGCUCCCCUCAGGGAACGCUGAAACACUCCCCCAACACAGGCACCCGGCCCUCCUCCACCACAGCUGCCCAGGGCCAGACGAGGGUUCCUGGGAGGCCCCUACCCACGCAUAUCCCCCACCAAGUAGCAGCUCACCACCACCAUCACCACCACCCAAUCCAUCACCAUCAGUACCCGGACACACCUUCAUCCUCCUCUUCCCCGCAGCAGCCUCCCACCACCCCUUUGUCUUCGUCCUCUUCUACAGCUCUGCCGCCUGGCGGUCUGGAGCAGCCGUGCUGCUCUGACGGAGACAACGAUUCACUAAACUCCACCACCAAUUCCAACGAGACAGUCAACUGCAGCUCAGGCUCCUCGUCUCAGGACAGCCUGCGGGAGCCACUGCCUCCUUUAGGCAAGCAGACCUACCAGAGAGAGAGUCGCCAUAGCUGGGACUCGCCGCCCUUUAACAGUGAUGUCGUACAGAGACGCCAGUACCGCAUCGGCCUCAAUCUCUUCAACAAGAAGCCAGAGAAGGGGAUCCAGUACUUGAUAGAGAGGGGUUUCGUCUCAGACACUCCAGUUGGGAUCGCUCGUUUUAUCCUGGAGAGGAAAGGUUUGAGCAGACAGAUGAUUGGAGAAUUUCUGGGAAACCGGCAGAAACAAUUCAACAAAGAUGUUUUAGACUGCGUUUUGGAUGAGAUGGACUUUUCUGGUAUGGAUAUCGAUGAUGCUCUGAGGAAAUUUCAGGCCCAAAUUAGAGUUCAGGGAGAAGCCCAGAAAGUAGAGAGGCUCAUUGAAGCAUUCAGUCAGAGGUAUUGUGUGUGCAAUCCCACCCUGGUUCGGCAGUUUCAGAAUCCAGACACCAUCUUCAUCUUGGCUUUCGCCAUCAUUCUCCUCAACACCGACAUGUACAGCCCCAAUGUCAAGGCUGAGCGGAAAAUGAAACUAGAAGAUUUCAUCAAGAAUUUGAGAGGAGUUGACAACGGUCAGGACAUACCUAGAGACCUGUUGGUUGGAAUUUACCAGCGAAUUCAGAAAUGGGAGUUGCGGACCAACGAUGACCAUGUGUCUCAAGUGCAAGCGGUGGAAAGGGUCAUUGUGGGUAAAAAACCUGUGCUGUCCCUUCCCCAUCGGAGGCUGGUGUGUUGCUGUCAACUCUACGAGGUCCCUGACCCUAACAGACCUCAGAGGACAGGAGUGCACCAACGAGAGGUCUUCCUCUUCAAUGACCUGCUAGUGGUGACUAAAAUCUUUCAGAAGAAGAAAACUUCAGUGACAUACAGCUUCAGACAAUCUUUUCCUUUGGUGGAGAUGCAAGUGCACAUGUUCCAGAACUCAUACUACCCUCAUGGCAUCCGCCUGACCUCAGCCAGCUUGGGAGGAGAGAGGAAAGUUCUUAUUGUCUUUAUGGCACCCAGUCAGCAAGACCGCACUCGUUUUGUUAGUGACCUCAGGGAGAGUAUUGCUGAAGUACAAGAGAUGGAGAAAUAUCGAGUGGAAUCUGAGCUGGAGAAACAGAAAGGUGUGAUGCGGCCCGGCUUGUUGACUGGGAGCAUGGUUGGAGGAGGUGCAGGUGUGAAGAGCGAUGUUGUGAAUGGCACCUUGGGAAGAACAAGUUUUGAUGACAACUGCUCAGUGGGUGAGGGUCUCAAACGCACGGCACUCAGCUCAUCUCUCAGGGACUUAUCGGAGACAGGGAAGCGUGGUCGCAGGAACAGUGUUGGGUCUUUGGACAGUACCAUGGAAGGUUCCAUCAUUAGCAGCCCACAGCCUCACCAGCGCUACCCAAUGUCAAGUGUCCUUCCUGGAUGCUAUGGGACAGAAGACUACCGGCCUCAUCGCCCCAUCCUGAGCCCCGGGACGGGGGUGGGGGGUGGGCCGGGGCAGAAACAUACCACUGCUGGGACAGGAGUUGGGGGAGUCUCAAACAGUGUAGAGAGAACAGGAGCGGGGAGCGGCUCUGGGGGGAACAGCAGCACCAACAACAGCGGUUCCUUCCUGGGCUCACUCUUCGGCAGCAAACGUGCCAAACCACCAGGGCCCCUUAUUCCACCGGGGCCACUCUACCCCGCGCCUGUACCCCCACCGAAUACUGGCGGACCCCCACCUCUCUCCCCUUCAUCUCUAUGCCAGUUGGAGGGGGGGUCCUCCAAGAUCCAGGCACUUCACGCACAAUUCUGUCACGUGGGCAACGUACAGCCCCCACCACCUUACUACCAUCACCAUCGCUACCACGUCCAAGCUGUCCACCCACCUCUGCAAGGUGUGCCCCCCCUCACCUUACAGAGAGGUUCUCUACCAUGUCGACCACAGCUAGGCCCAGCGCACGUCCAGCACCCGCAGCUGGCCCAUCUCUCCCAGCUCUCCCAGCAUGGGCCUCCGGUUCGUUACACCAACAUGGUGGUAGGAUGUCCCCCCCCCCUUUCUCCUCUCUCCCAACAUUCGCAGAACCAACAGUUCGCCAUGUACCACGCACAGCCCACACACUCAGUAAGAGGGAGCGGCGGCCCUGGUAUCAAACCCCCUCUAACCUUGUCCCUCUCCCACCCCCACCCCCACGCACACUCCCAAACCCACCCCGGACACGCGCGCACACCACACCCGGUCAGCCACUCUACGCACCAAGCACACUUCAUAUUCGGCACUCUGCCCCACAAUCUGCCGUCCGCCUCCGUCAGUGCGCAUCACGCAGCCUCCGCCGCCCCGUAUCUGCCCCAGUACCCUCCUCUCUCUUCCAUCCCCCCUCCCCCACCACACUCCCCUUUACCCCCCCCUUCGUCCCCCCUUACCCCUCUUACACCUCUCUCCCCUCUCCCCCCCCAGCACCCCGGGCAGCCUCAGCAGGGGCCGCCGGCGACGGGGGCUGGAGCAACCGGUACAGGGGGCAGCUCCAAAUCCAAACCUAUCAACCGGAUAAGCACCGUGGUGUGAACAGGGCGUGGGCCCCCAGGGUCUACAGGUCAGACGAUAGGGUGGAGGCGGUGGGACGAUCCAGGGCUCGAACCAAGUGUUCCAGGACAGAAAGUUACAGCAGCAGCGCAAGCGAAAAAAAGAAGCGCAGCCUGCUUCGCCUGUGUUACUUUCACCUGCGCUUCCCGCAUAUGUAAGCGGACUUUUACGGGCAUGUGCACACAUGAAGAUGUCGCAGAUUCUGCCACACACAAUCAAGAAAGUCUAUAGCCAUAUAACUUUAGAUGAAACCUGAAUCCUUAUCCAGGCUUUUGGCCUCAGUUUUGUUUUGAAGCCUAGAGUUUAUUUAUGAGACUUUCCACAUGUACAGCACAGAGAUGUGAUUGCGCGGCAGCGUUUGCUGAAAAAGCGAUUCACGCGUUUUAACCUGGAUGUAAAUAAAGACCGAACUAUCAGAUGUGUUCCAGCAAAGCAUUGAUUUAAAACUACAAGGAAGUUGCGAAAGAAAAAAAAAGUCCCUCGACUUUGCAAUAAUUUUACUUGGCUUCUUGAUGUCUCCAUACUUGCAGAUUGCCCUUUGCUGAAAGACUUUUUUUUUUUUUAAAGAUAUGUUGCUCUCUGUUAAACCUGUUAAACCAGUGCAUGGUUUUCCUACCAGUCUUUUUCGCUUUAGGGUCUUCUACAUCUCUAACGAAAUCUCCAAGCUUUAUGAUGCUUUCCGUGUGGGCCACUGAAAUCCAUGACACAAACAAUAAUAUCUUUUUGAAUGUUUCUAAAGCUUCUUGCUGUUUUAUUGAUAUUACGAUAUACCUGCUAUGAGUAUAAUGAAUAUUGUCCAAUAAUUGUUUUGAUCAGUGAUUAACUAUAUCAGCAGAUGUUUGUACACGGUUAUAGAAAGUAAACGCAGAUUGAUUCAGUUUGCCAUAUCUGCUGGAGGGUAUUCUGACAUGUGAGUUGUGAACAAUCUUCAUAAAACCAUAGAUUCCAUGCAGUUUUUUAAUGAAUGGCAUUAUUGACUAUUGAAAACAAUUGAAGCUUAGUUUUGUUCCAAUAAAUCUAAACUUUUAAGUUCGACCAGUAUUUAAAAAAUACUUAAACAUGGUUGUGAAAAUUGGAUGACUGAAACGUGCGGGACAUCCCAGCCCAUUUCCUCACAGACCACAGGUUUAGUCAUUGUGUGUUUCUUUAUGUUUUGAAAGAAGCAUGGUUUUUCCAUGCAGUUCUGUGAUUUUUGCACAUGUGAUGUCUUAAGUCAGUUACGGCCUUCCUCUUAAUUAUUUGGCAACUGAUAUUUUUGGAAUUCUCUCAAACCUGAGGACAUCUUUAGUUUUUGCUUUGCUUUUUCUUAAAAAUGAGGCCUCCUUUCUUUGUUUUCUCUUUAUUUUACGCUCAUGGGCCUCUUCAAGCAUUAUCCCCUUUGCUGUUUCAGUUUUUAUUCAUGAGUGACCACAGACUGAGUUUGCCUCCAAUGCCAUUAAUAGCGAGAGAAUCCAACAGUGUGAUCUGAUGGGGCAGAAAGAAGUGAAGAUUUCUAUGAAAUGAGCUGCUGAAAAGAUGGUUUUAAAUGAUCAAAGGGGAAUUUAAUGUGGGGUUUUUUUCUGGAAAAGUAACAGAUGGUAAAUGAAACUUUUACAACUAUUGGUUAGAUAUACUUUUUAUUGUGUCAUUUUUAAAUAUUCUUGCAUGAAUAUAUCUGCACCUAAUGAAUAGAUUGUACUGUAUAAACCUGAAUGUACAUAUUCAACUAUACAUAGGAUUCUAAUAAAGAUUUGGAGGAACUCCUCCUACUCUGUAUUCAGGUGUGUGCAUGUGAUUGCCACUGGGAAUGCACACUUAAAGCAAAGAGAAGUCAGCCAAAAGGAAUAUUGACCUCUUUUUUUCUUAUUUAUUCAGAUGAGAGAUGCAAGAAUGAAUAACAGUUAUAAAAAUGUAAGCCUGAAAAAUGUUGAUAUGUGAGUGCACUUCAAAAUAUUAUUUCUUUUUUUUUCUUUGUGUAUGUAUUACGUGUACCUAAAGAAUAGAAAAUUGAGAUGUGAAUAUUUAUUGCUUCUUAUAAAUUAAAGAGUCCUUGCAGUGAAGUGA